CACUUUGCACAUAAUACUAUAAAUAUAAGGAGGAAGCCUGAGGCCCUGCAGCAGACUCACAGACGGACGCAGAGGGGAGGAGUGUCGAGGUGUGUGCUGUGUGUUUGGAGGAGGGACUCCUUCAGUUAGAGAAGUGAGGCGUCACAAGUUCCUGGUUUCCAGUGAAGAAGAAGAGAGGCAGCAGUAAACCAUCAGAGCCUCAUCAUGAAAGUCCAUCACACUCUGAUCUGCUUCUUCUUCCUUUCAGCUCUGCAGGAUGGAAACCCUGAAGUCACCAAAGCUCAGAUUCGUUACUAUGGAGUCAUUGGAGGAGAUUUUAAAGCUGGAUUCUCCUUUAAUUCUCCAGGAACAUGGAAGAUGUUCUGCAGAGAAAAAUGUGAAGGAGAAAACAUUCUUAUUAAAACAACUGAUGUCAGAGCUCAAACAGGCAGAUACAGCAUUGAAUACAAAAAAGAAUCAACAUAUUAUGUUUUAUCUGUGAGCAUCUCAAAGCUGACUGAGUCUGACUCUGGACAGUACAGCUGUGGUUUGGGUGGAUCUCCAUCAUCAGCUCCAUUCACACCGUUUGUGAUCGUUGUUGCUGAAGCACUGCUGGAUGGAAACGAUGAUCCUGCUCAGCUGAAACACUUCAAUAAAGAAACUGGAAGCUCUCUCACAGUCGCAUGUUCCUUUAAACAAGCUGGAUACAGAAAGAUGUUCUGCAGAGGAGAAUGUGGAGGAGAGAAGAUUCUUGUUCAUACAGAGCAUCUCAGUGCUCAGAGAGACAGAUACAACAUUGGAUAUGUUUCAGAAUCAGGAGUUCUGUAUGUGAGCAUCACACAGCUGACCAAGUCUGACUCAGGACGGUACAGAUGUUUACUGAUUGGAUCUUCCAGCAGCUCAUCCAGAGAGUUUGAGGUCACUGUCACAGAUGCAGCUGGACCAUCAGCCACAACUACAGGAAGCUCCACACCUUCAUUAACUUGGACUGGAAGCACUGAGCAGCCUGAAGGAGCAGCAUCAGGUACAUCCAUCUAUGUGCUGCUGUUUGUGGGUCUGACUCUGGCUCUCAUCAUUAUCCUGUUAUCAGUGUCUGUGCUGAUAUUCUGCAAGAAAAGAUCCUCUAAACCAAAGGAUCCUCCUGUGGAAACGGGGCAGGCUGCUGUCACAGAGGAGGAAGACCACUCGAGCAAACUCACCUACUCUGAGGUGAAUUUUUCCAAGAGGACUUUUGGCUCUCCCAACGGCGCCUCCAGUGGUAACACUGGUGAAGUUAUCUACUCUGCGCCUCGGGUCAAUGUGAGCUCUGAUGUCAGAGAUGAUUCGCUGUACUCGAGUGUAGCUUAGCUUCAAUGCUGCUGCUGCCACGUUUCUCUGUGAAGGAACCAAAGGAAGCUUUCAGUGACUGUAAACAAUCUGAUUUACACCAAAAUCUGUUUGAACAGGACCAUCACAGCAUCUGAUUGGUCAGAUGCUGUGAUGUCAUAGCUUUGUAAAUUAUGGUCACCGAGUUAUUUUGGUGUUUUAAUGCUGAGCACAGGUCCAAUCAGUGAUCCUGUGGCAGUAAAGUGACUCAGUGAAGAUGCAGGGAAAUCUGUCAGCUGAUCUGCACAGUUCUUAAGUUUACUGAAAAUAUUUUCUGGAUCGGAGCUUUUCCUCUCCUUCAGUCACCCGAGGAGUUAAAAAACUUUGUUCCUGUCAUGUAUCAUACACCCAGUUCUUUGCUAAAUCUAAAGUAUUGAAAUAAUUCUUUAAAAAAAGAAAAACUUCUUGUCUUUCGCAACUUCAGAGUCACACGAGUGAAGAAAAUGGGGAAGUUUUCCGACUGCAUGCCCAGCUUGGUGUCACUUUAGCAAGAUUAAGUUCCUUGAUUAGCUUCUGCAAAGUGUCAGGCCACUGUUUCAAACUGAUGCUGUACAAUGUUUAACAGGAUAAUGUUUUAUUGAAAUAAACUUUCAUAGUGUAGAAAAUCUUUAGCUUAUUAAAUCAAUCAGUGGUGGAAGUGAGCGGUGAGCAAAGCUACAGACACUGAAUUUAAUACCAAAAAAACUGCUUUAAAUUCUGAAUUUUAAUGUCAUGUUUUAAAGUCUCAGCGCUCAUUUGUUAGCAGAGAUAUUUUCUCUUUGUUCAAGGUGAGAAUAAAACUUUUUCUAUUUGA